GCAGCCGCGGAGCCACUAGCCCUGCCGGACGCGCUUCUCUCCAGAUACUCCCAGAGCUCCAGCCGCGCGGAUCUCGCGCCCCCACCGCUCUGCCCCCAAACUUCAGCUGCAGCUACAUUCCAAGCCAUCUAAUUUAUUCCUCAAAAAUCAGAAACCAAGCCGCGACACGGGGAAGGAGUCCGCGGAGGAGUAAAACUACAGCAGAGCAAGAAGGGCUCCAGAGAGCUGCCUCCCCGGAGCAACAACUCGGCAUCGGGAGUGUAGGAACCAACAAGUGAGAAGGCGCCGCGUUCCCCCAGCGCAGCCGCGGGCAGCGGGAGCAGGCGCAGGAAGAAGAAACGAGCGCCCCGGAGUCCCGAGCCCGAACCCCCGAGCCCCCGAGCCGGAGCCGCGGUCGCGGCGGCUGCUCCGCUUCGGAUUCUUCGGCGCGGGCUGCGCCGGGCGCUGGGCAAGAGGUUCCGCUUCUCUCUGGUUGCAAGCGGCGGCUGGGAGCAGCCGAUCCCCGGGGAAUAUGCGGCGCGUUUGGAUCCUGCUCACCUUGGGCUUGGUGGCCUGCGUGUCGGCGGAGUCGCGGGCAGAGCUGACGUCUGAUAAAGACAUGUACCUUGACAACAGCUCCAUUGAAGAAGCUUCAGGAGUGUAUCCUAUUGAUGAUGACGACUAUGCUUCUGCUUCAGGCUCGGGGGCCGAUGAGGACGUAGAGAGUCCAGAGCUGACCACAUCUCGACCCCUUCCAAAGAUACCGAUCACCAGUGCCGCUCCGAGAGUGGAAACCACGACGCUGAACAAGAUGCAGAACAAGAUCCCUGCUCAGACGAAGUCACCUGAAGAAAUUGAUAAGGAGAAAGUUCACCUCUCUGACUCAGAAAGGAAAACGGACCCAGCUGAAGAGGAUACAAAUGUGUAUACGGAGAAGCACUCAGACAAUCUGUUUAAAAGAACAGAAGUCCUGGCAGCUGUCAUUGCUGGCGGAGUUAUCGGCUUUCUCUUUGCCAUUUUCCUUAUUCUGCUGUUGGUGUAUCGCAUGAGAAAGAAGGAUGAAGGAAGUUAUGACCUUGGAGAACGCAAACCAUCCAGUGCUGCUUACCAGAAGGCACCGACUAAGGAGUUUUAUGCGUGAAAACUCCCUCUUAGUGUCUCUAUUUAUGAGAUCACUGAACUUUUAAAAAUAAAGCUUUUGCAUAGAAUAA